AUGGAUUUCUUCUACUCCACAAAACAGUCCGGCUUUGAGUCCCGAGACUCUUCCCAAUACAUCUCCCGCUCCAUGUGCGGUAUGGCUCAAAAUGAGCUGGCUGACCGGUCUGCCGGUUGUAUCAGCCCUGCGGCCGACGACAGCAAGUUGCGCAAUCCUCAGCGACGUCGUGUUCCGGUUGCAUGUCGCCGGUGUCGAAAGAGAAAGAUCAAGUGCAGUGGCGACACCGGCGAUGGCCAGGGUUGCUCUAAUUGCCGCGGUGCCGGCAAUACGGACUGCCAAUUCCUACGAGUCCAGUCAGAGAGUCUGGGUACCUUCAGCCAGUUCCCUUAUCCUUCCCCAGGAGCAGCGAUAGCAUCAUCUCAUCUUGGAGGCAUCUUUACACCUCAAGCUACCAGAAAGUCUAUGCUUCCGAUGGGCUCACCUCAAACUCGUAUGACUGGGUUUCCACGGACCCCAGAAUUUGACCUGGCUGAUUCUCACGUCUUUUCGCGGCCGAUAGGCGUGGAUUCGAUUCCCUACGAGAACGAGCAAUCGGUCAACUACAGCCAGUCUCCAGCGUACAUGCUCCCCAACGCACCAUCAGGGUCGAACAUCGACUAUGGAACGGCGCCAUGGAACCCUAAAAUCUGGGAUUCUAUUUUCAGCAGGCAAAACAAUGGAGUCAUAUACCCAGAUCCGGAGACUAACGACUCUCUCAAUCAAUCUCCCUAUUCCUACAUGAUUCCCAGUCAAGGAAUAUCGUCGACCGAUAUUUCUCAGCCCAAUUCUGCUGCCAUGCCUGUGGUUUCUUCAGCAGAAGGUCCUGGGACGGAUCGGACACUUCCAACUCCAACUUGCUCCAGUAAUGCAGCAACUCUGAACAUUCUUUCACCCGAGCCAAAUCUAGUCCAACUCUCUGAGUACAAGGGCAAUUAUUGGAACCAGCGUGGUGGCACCUCGCCUGACUCACGAAUACCCGCCCAUACCGUCCCCAGCAACGCACCCAAGUGCACAACCAGCACAGCUCCGAAUCUCCUUUUCACCUACGUGCCUAUGCCAACAACAACCGACGAAAGAACACCCACUUUAUCCACCCCAGCAACAGGCUCCUCCUCAUCAACCAGCGCCACGUCAUUUACUGGCCUAGAUCUCGUCGAUCACGAAUACAGAAGUAUACCUGACGACCGCCAUUUAUCGCACAAACACAGCGCCGGCCAACGUCUCGCUAUGUUAAACGAGUGCACACCCGACAUCUACGGCUACAGCAGCGAGAAGAAACCCCGCGACUCAGCAACCCUAAUGAACGGCCUCUCCUACCAGCGUGUACGGCAUCCAGACACCUCGGGCCCUUUCUCAUUCAACAUCCUCCCAGAUACACUGCCAGAGUAUCACCGCGUGGUCGAGAAUGUCCAUAGGCCCCCCCAUCUCACCGCUGGGUAA